AAAGUUCAUGAGGGGUCUCCAUGUUCCUGCACUCUUUGUUUAUUGUCAUGUAGGAUGUUGGCAGAUUUACUUUCACUGCACUCAGCCCCCACACUAAAUGUUUGUGGAUGAAACACUGCAAUUCAUGUGAUCCUCCAAGUGUGCCCAUGUUCCAAAGACUCAAGCUCCUUAUCAGACAUGUUUUUUUUUUUAAAUUAUAGGUCAAUGCAGCUCAUGAUAACAACAUCUACAGUCUUCACCUCUUAACAGCUCCACCAAUUCCAGGAAUAAGCUGCCUCCAAAAUUAGGUCAGGUGUGAAAUCAACUGUCUAAGCCCGGCUUAGUUCUUUAUAGUAUUAUAUAUGCAGAUAGAAAGCAGCUUAUGAUGACAAACCAAGCCACUGAAUAUCACACAAACAUGAGCUUCUCCGAUCUUGACUAUCCAAAGCAAUUGCUUGAUUAUAAAGAUGGCUUUUUAGCCUCAAAGACCAUGUUUACUGCAUGUGAGCUGGGAAUUUUUGACUUACUACAUGAUGUUGGCGAGCCCUUGUCAGCAGCGGGCAUUGCUUCCCAUUUGUGUACCAAUGUAGAUGCUACAGACCGCUUACUCAGUGCCUGUACUGGAAUGAAGCUCUUAAAAGUUGAAAUGAAAAACGUGGAAGCAUAUUAUUCUAACACAGAUGUUUCUUCAGUAUAUCUGAUCAAAUCAAGUAAAAAGUCCCUAUAUCAUAUGAUGAUGUACUACUCUAACACCAUAUAUACAUGCUGGCAAUUCCUACCUCAAGCUAUAAGGGAAGGAAAAAGCCAGUAUGAAAGAGCUUUUGGAGUCUCUUCAAAGGACUUGUUCGAAGCGGUUUACAGGUCAGAAGAGGAGAUGGUGGCUUUCAUGUAUCAUAUGGACUCCAUAUGGAAUAUAUGUGGAAAGGAAGUGAUCCAGGCAUUUGACCUUUCUGAGUUUCACACCAUCUAUGAUCUUGGAGGAUGUUCGGGAGCUUUUGCAAGAAUAUUUCUAUCCACAAAUCAAGGGGCUACAGUUACUAUAAUGGACCUACCAAUGGUGGUACAAACAGCUAAGAAAUAUUUUGUAACUGAUAAUGAUCCACAUAUUUCUUUUCAUGAAGGAGAUUUCUUUAAAGAUGUCAUUCCUGAGGCAGACCUAUAUAUUUUGGCCAGGAUUAUCCAUGACUGGACAGAAGAGAAAUGCCUGCAGCUGCUGAAAAGUGUUUACCAGUCCUGCAGACCAGGAGGUGCAGUUCUGCUAGUUGAAGUCCUCUUAAAUGAAGACAGAAGUGGCCCUCUGACUUCCCAGCUGUACUCACUGAACAUGUUGAUACAGUCAGAAGGCAAAGAGAGGAUGCCAUCUGAGUACAAAAAGCUCCUUACAGACUCUGGCUUCAGGGAUAUUCAAGUCAGUGCCACUGGAAAGAUUUAUGAAGCCGUAAUGGGAAGAAAAUAAGUCCAAGUGUCGAUUUCCUAUUUGUAGCUACUGUUUUUUUUUAUAAUUGAUCUGUAGUAUUAAUGCAGAAAAAUGUUAGCACUAAUAAACAUGUUACAGUAUUAAA